GCCGCAAAAGGGGACGGAAGAGGAACGCCGCCCAGUGGCCGGUGCGUGCGCGCCGGCGCGCUCCUCAACCAGUCCUCGCUCUCCAACGCGGCGCCCCAUCCGCCUUGCGGGCCGCCGGGAGCGCAGCCUCGAGUUGCUAGAGGUGGCGGGGGACCCUCCUGGGUCGGGUAUGAAAGGCUUGUAUUAGGCUCGCUCCUGCUUCCCUGCGCCAAGCUUGUGUGCCUCGACGGAAGACGCUGCGCCUCCGGCAUCCGCGUGGUUGGUCUCUCCGGGGGCGAAGACGCAGCGGCGGCGGCACCGACACCACCACCACCAAGCGCCGGCUCCGGAGCUACCCCGCCUGGGGAAGGUGGAGCAUGGAGGCCAUUUGGCUCUACCAGUUCCGCCUGAUCGUCAUCGGGGACUCCACCGUGGGCAAAUCCUGCCUCAUCCGCCGCUUCACCGAAGGGCGCUUCGCCCAAGUCUCCGACCCCACCGUGGGUGUGGAUUUCUUCUCCCGCUUGGUGGAGAUAGAGCCAGGCAAAAGAAUCAAGCUGCAGAUCUGGGACACCGCCGGACAGGAGAGAUUCAGGUGAGGAGGAGCCACUUUUGAGGAUGGGGCUUGGGGACCGGGGGGUGGAUGUCGUGUGCGGAUGGAGGGCGAGUGGCAGGUCGGCGCGGCGGAGGCUGCAACUGCGCCCCGAGUUCUGUCCCUUUUAACCCCCGCCACCAUCAUAAACAUCUUUGCUCUUCUGCAAAACAGCCUUCAUUGUGAAGGAUGGUGGAAGAUCCGGACGGCUGGGUGGCGGUUUGAUUUUGCUUUGUCGUUGAAGAUGGAGGAGCCAGAGUAGGAGGGAAGAAGAGACACCUUGCUGCGGGUGGGGGGCCUUGGGGUGGGUGGGGUCCGGGUUCCAAGUGCGAUCUCACAGCAGGUCACACAACAACACCCAGCUUCCUCCCCUCCCUCACCCCUAUCCUCCUAACAGCUGUUCAUUGAAUCCUGAAGGGAGCCAGAAGCACAACAAAGGCUGCUGAGGAGCGCCCCUCCUCUCAAAGAAACAUAAGCAGCAGCCUUCUACCGAGCCAGAAUAUUGGUCCAUUUGGCUCCAUGUUGUCCACACUGACUGGCAGUGGCUCUUCAAGGUUUCAGGCAGGGGUCUCCCCAGCCCUACCUGCAGAGCCUGGGGUCUUCUGGUAGCUCUGCUGCUGAGCUCCAGCCCUUCCCUUCACUCUCCAUGCUCCAUGUCUGGGCUGAUACUGCAGAGGUUUUGUACUAGAUUUAUUCAAGAAAACUUUCCCACAGUGCAGAUUUUUAAGCCACAAGCUUCCUGUCCAAUCUUGGACAGGAAGAAAGACACUCUGGCCUUAACAAUUUCUCAGGGUCGGGCUUCGCUUCCCUGUCCCACCUGCCCAAGUAAGAGUCUCCUAAUGUAAAGAGAGAAGAAAACCAGGCCACUGGGUAUCUCAUAUGCAGGCUUUCCACAUGCGUCAAGGAGCUUUGAUGCAGUGGUGCCUUCAAACAGAAGAUUCUCAGUGUGUCUUCCCAAGUGGUACAGCCCCCUCCCUUGAGAGUACUGUACCACAUGCCUGUAAAAACAUCUAGGUCCAUUCUUAAUAGACACCAGGUGUGAGGAACAUUUGGCCUUCCAGCUGUCACUGAACUACAGCUCCCAUCAGCCAGUGGAUGGGGGUGAUGGGACUUGUCGUUCAGCAAGUUCUGGAGGGCCAAAGGUUUCCCGCACCUGAUAUGCACAUACAUGAGCUACUCAUUGAACAAGGCCUUGAGGAUAUAACGACUUCUGAAAUUGUGUCACCAUGAGGACUUUGUGGAUUGUGGUCGCUUUCCUCCCCACAACACCCUUGCUAAACUAUUUGGCCAACACGUUUCCAAAUCUUUCUCCAUAACUAACCACAAGAACUAUAAAAUGUUAAGCUAUGUUCCUGGAUGCUGAAUCUCAGAGCUACGUCAAGAGCAGGCAGCCAAGCACCAAACUGGCUUGAGGGAGCAACAUGUGAUUUGCAGACUAAAUGUUGCCCAGUCAGCAGAUGCCCCUCCUGUCCUUUUUCCUGCCCCAUGAUUGAAAAAUGUGUUUAUGAGGGACAAAGCAACCUUCUCUCACUAAAAUUGCACUUCUCCACCCAUUUCUGACCCUACAUAAAGGAAGGAAGGAAGGAAACUGUGCACCAUCUCAUUUUUCCACGCCCCCUCCCCAAUAAACCUGGGUGUGGAUGUAUAAUUGCUUCUGUAUACGUGGUGUCUCCAUUCUCUUAGGUGAAAGCAAGCUACUGUAUUUUUCCGUGUAUAACACGCCCCCGUGUAUAAGAUGCCCCCUAUUUUUGGGAACACAAAAUUAAGAAAAUGGGGGGAGAUUGCCCUUGUGUAUAGGACUACCCCCCCUUUUUAACAUUAGUUUUUUAGUAAAAAAAAACACCUAGUCUUAUAUACGGAAAAGUUCAGUAAUUCUUUAUUACAUUUGUAUCCCACAUUUCCUCCAAGGAGUUCUAAGCCAGUUCUGUCCUCUCAUCCAUUUUAUCCACCCAGCAACCCAACAAGGUAGGCUAGCCUGAGAGAAUGAUUAGCCCAAAGUUACGCAAUGAGUUUCAUGGCUGUGUGGGGAUUUGAACAGCACAUUGGCCUCCAGUGUCAAGUUUUUAGUGCCCACAAAACUAAUAAACCUUCAGCUUAAUAUAUCUUGUGACUUUGUAACGCUGCUGCAUUCAGACAUUGUGAUAAGCUAUUUAUUAUGCUGGGAACAAGCCUCUCACAGGCUUGCAUGCUUCCCCUCCAUUUCUGGCAAGGCCUAGAGGAGGAAUUUAGGAAUUUUGCUUGCCCUCUACACAUGAGCUACAUUUGGACAAGGAUGAAGCCAAUCUCCAGUUGCUACAUGAGAAAGAAUGGUUUUGUUUCACCAGCGAUUACGCUGCAGGAUGCUUAAUUAGACUGUUUCCAUUUAGGAUCACCAAGGGUUGAAUUCAUUUUUUUAAUGAAAAAACAAGUCCCAUUCUUCCAAUUCACUUUAGUUAUGGAAACAGAUGGAAAUUCAAGAAAAUGAGCUCAGAAAUAUAUUUUUAUUUAAUUUGUUUGGUUCAUUCGUCAUUCAUUUCUGUUGGGAUCAUAGGACAUAACUCCUAGGGGCCAAGGUCCCUUCACACACACACACCCAAUGAAAUAUUAUGGGGUGCUGGCACUUCACAAAGAUGAGUGGUAUUGCCAUUCAAAUGGGGGGGUGCCAUGUCAUGUGAUCAAUUAUGUGGGGUGGCACUUAACUGCCCCCCCAUAUUUUAUUCAAGUUGCCCCCCCCCCUGGUUUGGAUGAAAUAUAGAAAACAGCCUGGGGAAGAAAUAGUGCAGGUCAGAGAAAGGUUAUAGAGAAGAAUGGGGACAGAGAGCGGGGAAACUGACAGAUAUAUAUAUAUAUUUUAAAUCUCUAAAAUAGAUAACCUGUCCAAUCUGUCUGAAGAUUAGCAAGUCUGAUGCUUAGGGUGGGUGAGGUGAAGAGGUGGCAGAAUGCCUGAAAACUGCAUGACAUUAGGAUGAAAAAGACAGAAGUUAGAAGCAGCAGAAGACCUACUGGGUCUCCCAUUGAAAUAAAUGAUGGGGCAGAUGGAAAAGCAGAAAAGGAGUGCAAUUGAACUGAAUGCCAAAAAAGAAUAAAGAAUAAAAAUGUUGUUUCCCUACUCCCCGAGAAAUCACAUGACAUGCUGUGACCAUUCCAGCUGUGCUGCUGGUCUUAACAGAUGCUCUCUUGAGUCACCUUCCUCUUGGACCCUGAUUUCUAGUCUUGGGCUGUCCCAUUAUUAUUUGAUUUAAAUCUCAUGGUUUCCACUUGCAGUGCACAGCUCUCUGGUGUACUUAGUCUGGAUUAUAUCAAAGGCCUAUCCAGUCCAGCUUCCUGGUUCCUAUGGUAGCCAGUCAGAUGCAUCUGGGAAGCCUUCAAGCACAGACUAAAGGCAAGCACCCACUAUCCCCAGUAGACAACACUAAGUGCCAUAGUGCUGGGAACCUGGAAGUUGCAAAGAGCCAUCUUGGCUAUACUUAUCCUUCAUCAACUUAUCUAACCCCCUUAAUGCAGAGGUUUUCUGCCUGUUUGAGUCCAUGGCUCCCUUGACCAACUACAUUCUUUCUGCAGCACCCCUGUGGGGCUCAGGAGCCCAGUAAUGUCAUCCCUUGCCUGCAGAACUGGCAGCUUCUCACACUUUUUGGAACACCCUCCAUUGUAGAGUGUCCCCUCAGCCUCCUCUCCUCUCCCAUCUCCUUGGGAGUCCCCCGGGAAGCUUCUGCUGCCCCUCCCUGUUCCAAAGAGAGGUGGCUCCUCACACUGCCCCACAGGGGCCUGGGACGUGUCUGUCCAUUCCCAACAGCAAGGGUUGGUGGACUGGCUGGCUGGGCUCCCUCAACCACUUGCUUGCUUACUCCGAGGCCGCCUCAGCUCCUGGCAACCAGCACCCCCUGACCAGCCUCAGAGGCACCAUUCACCUGGGGAGCUUGUAGCCAGGGCUGCUGCAACAAACAGCUGUGCAAGCUGUUUGGGAGGCAGAGACACGAGAGGGUAUUAUUAUUAUUAUUAUUAUUAUUAUUAUUAUUAUUAUUAUACCACCCUAUACCCAGAGGUCUCAGGGUGGUUAACAGAACAAGAUCAACAUAAAACACAUAAUAUAUAUAAUCAAAAUAAAAUCAACAACCCAAUAACACCCCUCCCCCCAAGAAAAGAGCCACAUUUUAAAAGGGCAUAGGAUGUCAAUCAGAUCAACCAAAGGCCUGGUUAAAAAGGAAUGUUUUUGCCUGGCACCUAAAGGUGUAUAAUGAAGAUGAACAUCCCAGGGGAGAGCAUUCCACAGAUGGGAAGCCACUGCAGAAAAGGCCUCUUCUCAUGUUGCCACCCUCCGGACCUCUCGAGGAGGGGGCACACAAAGGAGGGUCUCAGAAGAUGAUCUCAUGGUCCAGGUAGGUUCAUAUGAAAAGAGGCAGUUCUUGAGGUAUUGCGGUCCUGAACCAUUUAAGGCUUUAUGGGUCAAAAUCAGCACUUUUAAUUGGGCCCAUGAAACUAAUUGGUAGCCAGUACAGUCGGACCAGAAUCGGCGUAAUAUGCUCAAACUGUCUUGCUCCGGUGAGCAACCUGGCUGCUGAAUUCUGCACUAGCUGAAGUUUCCGAACUAUCUUCAGAGGCAGCCCUACAUAUAACACACUGCAUUAAUCUAACCCUGAGGUUACCAGAGCAUAGACAACAGUAGUUAGGCUAUCCCUGCCCAGAUAGGGGUGUAGCUGAGCCACCAGCUGAAGCUGAUGGAAGGCACUCUGGACCACUGAGGCCACUUGAGCCUUGAGUGACAGCAAAGGAUCUAGGAGGACCCCCAAGCUAUGAACCUGUUCCUUCAGAGGAAUUGUAACCCCAUCAAGAGCAGGCGACUUCCCACCAAUCUGGUCUAGGGAACCACCCACUAACUGCCUCAGUCUUAUCUGGAUUGAGCUUCAGUUUGUUGGAUCUCAUCCAGUCCAUUACCAAGGCAAGACACUGGUCCAGCACUUCUGCUGCCUCACCUGCAGAUGUAAAGAAGAAAUAGAGCUGAGUGUCAUCAGCAUACUGCUGACAACAUACUCCGAACCUCCAGAUAACCCCACCCAGCAGUUUCAUGUAGAUGUUAAACAAUGUUGGGGAUAGGAUUGAGCUCUGCGGAACCCCACAUUGAUGGUUCCACUGGGUUGAAAAGCAUUUCCCAAGCAACACCCUCUGGGAACAACUAUUCAAGUAGGACUGGAACCACCGCAAAGCGGUGCCACCCACCCCUAGUUCAGAUAGUCACUCCAGAAGGAUACCAUGGUCAACGGUCUCGAAAGCCACUGAGAGGUCAAGAAGAGACAUGUUUCCCUUCUCUCUCUCUCAACAGAGGUCAUCAUACAGGGCAACCAAAGCAGUUUCUGUGUCAAAUCCAGGCCUAAACCCCAAUUGAAAUGGAUCCAGAAAAUCAGCUUCUUCCAAAAGCACCUGGAUCUGGUCUGUGAUCACUCGCUUCAGAACCUUGCCCAGGAAAGGGAGAUUAGCAACUGACUGGUAGAUAGUUAGGCAUCAGGGGGAAGGAAAGAGGGUCUGAGGCCAGUUUUGCCUGGGGCAUCCCUGGCCAUCAUUCAAGGCACCCCACGGCACACUGGUUGAAAACCAUUGCUUUGCUUAAAGCCAUCACCCCAUCAUUCGGCAGCAGGUUUCACAAACUAUUUGUGUACUAAAUGAAAAAAUAAGGACAUAAGGAGUUUUCUGCUCCAUUCCCCAUCCCACCCCCCGGUCCCCUUCAAGCAUUGUUGGGACUACAGCUCCCAUCAUCACUCACCAUUGGCCAUGAUGGCUGGGGCUAUUGGGAGCUGAAGUGUAGUAACAUCCAGAAAGCUCUAGGUUAUGGAAGGCUCAUGAAAAGCAAAGCUUCCCUGACCAGAAUACAAUUUCUGCAUGCAAAAGGGCACCUUUGGACAUCUCCUUAGAUUCAUAGAGAUGUGUGGAACCUAGGAGUCUAUUGAGUAUUCUAUAUACACCAUUCACUUGCCAAUUCCUAAAACCUAGCCAACCUCUGUAUACCACAUGCAGUGAGGGGGGUGACGGGGUAUGCAUUGUCAAGAGUUUUGUUUACAAAUACCUCCAAGUGACUCUAGUCUCUCCAUAUAUUUUGAGGAUGACUUGAACUAGCCGACUCUUGGCCCAUCAGUUUAGUGGAAGCAGAGCCUGCUGGGAGAAACACCAAGACUUUAUUGCCCUGUUUAGGCCUAUGGCGGAAUCUAGUGACAAAGCUAUCUGCAUCUCAUGCAGAAGGUCCCCGGUUCAAUGUCUAGGUAGGGCUGGAGAAAGACUCUUGUUUGAAACCUUGAAGAGGCACUGCCACUCAGUGUGAACUAUACUGAGGCAGGUGGACUGGUGGUCAGCCAUGAUAUAAGGCAGCAGCUUCUUAUGUCCCUAAAUUUUUAUGUCCCUAAAUUUCAGAUUGCAUGUGGGGGUUGGCAUGUUUGAACGCGGGGCCAACAUGAGGUGAUGGGCUUAGGCUUUGGAGCACCAGGCUUCACAUCUCCACUCACUGGGUCACCUUGAGUCUGUCACAGUCUCCUAGCCUAACUUACCUCACAAGGUUGUUAAUGAGGAUAAAGCAGAGGGCAAGAUUCAUUUUCCUUUUUUUCUGCUCCUUGGAGGUGGGUGGAAUGUAAAUGUAGUUAACAAUAUUGCACCCCCAACACAAGUAAUAAAAGCAAGAAGUUCUCUCACAUGUAGAAAUCUAGUAUAUCAGGGAAAAGGGAAAUAUUAUAUGGGGUGGGCAUUGAGUAAUUAGACCUUUCGCUAGUUAAACAAUCUGUGGCCUUUUAAACCACAACAGGGGGUUUAUUGUUUGUUACUAUGGUGUGAAUAUUUGUGUAAACCACCCUGUGAUCCUUGGAUGAAGGGAGGUAUAGAAAUUCAAUUAAUAAUAAUAAAACAACAACAACAGAGCAGCAUUAAGAUAUACAGCUUCAUACCUGCAACUUGGAGCGGUAUAGCCCAGACAGAGUUACCGUGUGAUUCUGCAAACACAUAUAAAUUGCAUCCAUACAUCCAUUCCUUCUCUUUCCUCCAGCCCAAUACAUACAUUGUAUGUUACAGCCCACAUGGUACCCAAGCAAAUGGUCCAAUUUCUGUAGUGAGGGUAUACCCCCCCAAUUGUACACCUUAUUUGGGGCGUUGCUGGUUUGAAAUUGAUCAGCGAUUACUGGUCCUCUUUCUCAUCACCUGUUCAGCUGAGAUUUUAUAAAUGAGGAAACUGCUACUUAGGAAAAUCUGGGAUAUUUUUUACUUUGCAAAAUAGUAGAUGUGGCCUGUGCAGAGCAGGCUUGGGACAGAUGAAAAGUAAAACAAAAAAAAAGUGGUUAUAGAGGGAAUGAAACAGUCACAUUUUCCAAUGUCUUAUGGCAACAGUGACAUUGGAGUAGAAUCCAGACACUUUCUAGAAUCAGUUUCUAGACUGCCCAUUGAAAGAUAAAAGUACUAACCACCGCAAACCCUGUGUUGCUCUUGAAUUUAUUUAUUUUUUAAAUCAAUACAGUUCUGAAAGGUUCAGUAAGUCUUCUUGAUUCUAUAUUGUAUUCAAACAUAGAAAACCUGCUCCUUGGUCUUAGCAACCAUCAUGCAACUUUUGGACAUAAUAUCUUAAGAGGUGUCCAGAUUCAUAAUGCACAGACAAACAACUUUGCAGACUGUCUAAGAGAAAAAGAUGGUGGGGCAGAGAAUCUUUGUGUUGUCUUGUACAAACCCCCUUUAUUUUGCUGUGUAGCACAAAAGGGCUGUGUUCUGGGUGGAUUUGCACCUAACUGGCUAUUUCAGAUGCUCGAAACCAGCCUUUGCCACCAGCGUUUUCCUCUUGAAAAUGAUUCUCAUUUCCUUCCUUGGGCUGCUGCUCUCUUCCAGAUCAAUUACCAGAGCCUACUACAGGAACUCAGUUGGCGGUCUGCUCCUCUUUGACAUUACAAACCGCAGGUCCUUCCAGAAUGUUCACGAGUGGCUAGAGGAGACCAAAGCGCACGUCCAGCCUUACCAGAUCGUGUUCGUUUUGGUGGGCCACAAAUGCGACCUAGACACUCAGCGGCAAGUCACCCGGCACGAGGCUGAAAAACUGGCCCUUGCUUAUGGCAUGAAGUACAUUGAAACCUCCGCCCGGGAUGCCAUUAAUGUGGAAAAAGCUUUCACCGACCUGACUCGAGACAUAUAUGAGCUUGUUAAGAGAGGCGAAAUUACUAUCCAGGAGGGCUGGGAAGGGGUGAAGAGUGGGUUUGUCCCAAACGUAGUCCACUCCUCAGAAGAGGUGGUGAAAUCAGACAGGAGAUGUCUGUGCUAAUUGCUUAACGAAAGCAAGGAGAGAUUAUUGCUGAACUUUACUAACCAAAACAUACCCUGCUAUACAAACUUGUCGUGUGACAGAAGAGAAUGUGACAGUAGUAUGGCAAGUACCAAUGCCUGGUGCUUUGAACCUCUGAAGAAUAGAAUCGUGAAGGGCUGUAACCCCCUGUUAUGUAGGAAUGAACCCAGAUGCAUGCUUAUAUUGUAGGAGAUGGGGUAAUGUUAAGAGCAGAAAAGAUCCGAUAGGGGUAGUAAAUAUCAGGGAAUUUUACAAACCCUGUUUUAAAUAAAUCUGUCAUUCAGUGCUUUGUGUUGAAGCCUAUUAAUAUGAAACAUAUUCAGAGGAGGAGGAGAGACAGAAAUCUUGGCUUAUUAUUAUAUAUUUUUAGGAAGAUUAAAACAUAACAUGGUUGCCAUUCUUUUUAUGAGAACUUGAUGGUUAACACAAAGAGGAAAGCAUAUUUUGCAGAAGGGGCAAAGGCUUUCAUGCCUACAAUAUUGCUGCAGUAUAAUCCAACUCUCUUUAAAAGGAAAGGGGGAAGUGUUAGAUCACUCUUGUUAAAAUGCAGUGCAAUGAAUAGAACUGUUAAAAUGUGGUGCAAUGAAUAGAACACAGACUGGUGUUUUCCUGAUCAAGCCAGACUUGGUGGUUCCAAUUCCAGUAAUUUGACAGACCAAACGUUUGUGCUACUUCUUCAGUUAUUGAACUGGAAAUGCUCCCCACUUCUGAAUUUGCUGUAAAAUCUGUUAUCAGCAAUGGUGAAAUUCUCAGCCAUAUGCAGUCAUACGGUAUUUCUUAAAUGGGAAAUUAUUUUAUCCUAAUUCAGAGAGGGAUGCAGCCUUCGCACCAGUAGCAAGCUGCAGUGGGCAAUUUUGGGUCUCUUAAAAUACAAACUUCUUGCAAAUAAGGCUGGGGAGGGAAGCAGGACUCAUCAAAAUGUAGAGCACAGACUUUUCCCAAAGAGCGGGAAGUGGGGGUGUUCUUCGUUUUGUUUUGUGGGGUGAUUUUUUUUGGAAAACAAGUUCAAAAGGACUAUCUGAAGGUGAAGCUGAACAGCAGGAGAGAGAGAACUAAGGAAGAGGGUGUGUGGUUAGGAAACCCACAGGAAAGCGGUCAGAAGUGCAAGAAGGAACGUUUUUACUUUGAAAGUAGAACUGGAUAAAAUGCUGGCCUACAAAGCUGCAAGUGGGCCUUUGUUUCAGGGUAAACUUGUUGAGUUCUGAAUUAAGAAAGCAAGCAGUCCAAAUGAAUUAAAGUAAGCAAUAACAGCCACCCUGAAUACCUAGGAAGAAACUAAUGUGUUGGCAAGAUACACAGUGAUAUACAUAUGUGCAAAGAAAGGAAGCUUAAUGUGUGUAAUGGUCUAGAUAGAUAUUAAGAUGGAAGAAGCCUGGAAGCAGGAAAGGGGAGGAGAGAGAGAGAGAGAGAGAGAGAGAACAUCUGGAGAGCACCAGGUUGGGGAAGAAUGUGGUAUAAUUAUUUUGAAUGAAAUUAAUCUAUACCUUCACAUGCGUUUCCACACUUUAUACUUACAGAAGAUCCUUUUAAGAGAACCGCCCACAUCAUUACUUUGUAAAGAUGCAGGUGAGUUUGAACUGGAAACAGAAUUUUAAGUUUGGCACAACAGAGGUCAUAAUAGGGGUAAUGCUAAUACCGAUGUCUUUAUUUUCAAUAAUUAGUUGGGUAACUAGCUUUGUAAUAAACACCACUAAUAUCCACCUUGAGACAGGGAGAAAAAGUGGACGAGGGGCAGUUUGAAAAAGCCCUCCCCAUCAAGUGUGUGUGUGUGUAUGUGUGUGCGCGCACACACACACAUACUUUUUGGAGGGGUGACGUUUUUCAAACUAGCUCUCAUCUACUUUUAUAUACAGUGGCCCAUAUAAUAUUUUGCUUCUCAUCAUGUGAUGAUAAUAAUUACACAAAUAGUCACAUGACAUUCACUGCCAGCCAGGCUUUUGUAGACUUGCAACAGCAAUGGGAUAUGAACAGCAUUUAAUCUUGAGUCAAAAAAAUAGCUAAAAACAAUCCCCAAUUAAUCUAGUCCAUCCUGACUUCCGCUUUCAUUGGAGUUAAGGAGAAAUGUUUUGCCCAACCCAUACAGAUAUUGCAAAACAAGAAUGCAAUCAGUGAGGGAAGGGAGCCACAGACAAAAUCAAAG